CAUCUUCCGAAGCGUCACCGCCAUGGCCGAGCUUGCUGCCAUCGGGCUGGCGAGUAACCUGCUCCAGUUUGUCGAUAUUGGAAUAAAGCUGUUCUCCCGGGCUCGAGAAAGCUAUAACUCUGCCUCAGGAUAUGCCGAGGCCGACGAAGCCCUGCUGGCGGACACGGAGAGGCUCAAACAGCUCGUCGUAACCAUACGCGCCACAAGCUCUGACUACUCGGCUGCAGAGAACAAGAUCCAAGAGUUGGCACAGGAAUUCGACGGCACUGCGACGAAGCUUGUCAAAGAGCUCGAGGGCUUUCGAGUUGUGGUCGAACGAGACGAACAGCGCGACAGCUUCAGACGGAGAUACCAUGGCUUCGGGAAAGCACUCCGUUCUGCCAUGAAGGAGGGCAGGAGUAAGAAAAUACUUGAAAAGCUCGUGGGGGACCUGGAGAAGCAGCAGGGGCUGAUUCAGGUAUACAUGUGUGCAUCUUCUGUCGAGAAGCAGAAGGAGGUUUUGGCAACGGUCGAGAACCUGAGAAGACAAAACGACUGGCUGGAAGCCAAAACCACCGAGAAGCUAGAAUACAUCACCGGCGACGUGGACCGUGUCGUAGAGAUGAUGAAGAUUGGGCAGAUCGACAACCUCGCGACGCAGUUUGACGCCUUCGGAACAAGCGUGCUCGCUUUCCGCAACGAGACAUCGCGAGUGAACAAGCAGCAGCGCAUCCUCGAGAGCUUGCAGUUCGACAAGAUCAGGAUGAGACAAGAAGCCAUCAAAGAAAAUUACGGUGCUACCUUCAGGUGGAUCUUUGAUCCCGCCAACACCAGCUUCUCCCGGUGGCUGACGUCCGAGAAUGGUAUUUUUUGGAUCCGGGGCAAGGCGGGGUGCGGCAAGUCGACUCUCAUGAAGUUCUUGGUAUCCGAGCCAACUAUGAGAUCCCAGCUCGAGGUCUGGGGCGGCCAAAAUAAACUCAUCGUAGCCAGUCACUACUUUUGGAACGUGGGUAACUCCAUGCAGAAGUCUCGACAAGGGCUCCUCCAGACGCUGCUGCACGAGGUGUUGAAGGAGCUCCCGGAUGUGAUAGAAGAGGUUUGCAGUUCCCGUUGGGCGGCCUCGCAGCACGGGCGAGUAGCCCCCUGGGACGAAGACGAGCUCAUGGCCGCGCUCAAGGCCCUCGCCAAGGCGUCGCCUAAACUUUCCGUCCGGUUCUGCUUCUUCAUCGACGGCCUCGACGAGUAUACGGCGGGCGAGGAUCGAUACUACGGCCUGUGCGAGGACCUCAUCGAAACCCUCAUCGAGCUCGCGUUGGUGCCGGAGAUCAAGAUCUGCGCGUCCAGUCGGCCAUGGAGCUCCUUUGUUGAAUCGUUCGGUGCGGGGGAGUGGCAGCUUAAGAUGGAGGAUCUGACCAAGGACGACAUCAACAAGAUCGCCGUCGGCGGGCUGAAUAAGAGCAAACACUACGAGAGGCUGGCUCGGGAGGACAGCCGCUGCGCCCAGAUUCCCGGCAUCAUCGCAAACCGGGCGCAAGGAGUCAUUCUCUGGGUAAGACUGGUGGUCGAGUCUCUCAAAAGGGGGUUGGCGAAGGCGGACACGUACGAGGAACUACAGGCAAGACUAGAUGAGCUACCCGAUGACCUGGAGAAAUACUUUCAGCAUAUGCUCGAGACCAUCGAGCCGCUGUACUGGGAGAGCACAACGCGCGUGUUUAAGAUCAUGGUUGACUCUGGUCAGACGCUCCCUCUGCUUGCCUUUGAGUUCCUCGACCGGGAGAUGAGAGAUGCGGACUACUCACUGGCGCUGGACUCUAAGCCCUUCUCUGCGGAUGGCCAGGAUCUCGAGUACACGUACAGUCGCCUGACCACACGCCUCAACGAAAGGGCAAAGGACCUCCUCGAGACCACCCCCUGCAAAGACGGCGCCAACUUCCUCAGGUACCAGUUCGGCUUCCUGCAUCGCACCGUGAGAGAUUGGUUCAGGGAGAACAAGCCUUUGGACAAGGAGAUUGCCAAAAGGAAAACCAAAGAAUUCAGUCCUCUCCUCUCCCUCUGUAGGAUCAUGCUGGCGCUCAGCAAGACCAUUCCAUACCCGGACGACGUCCCCGACUCCAACCAAGUCUUCGCUUAUUCGGACAGCCUCAUGUACUACGCAUGCAAGCUCGAGGAAACUUACGAGAUGUCUGGCGCAGAAGGCGACGGCGUCGGCCACCAGUCCAACGAGGCCAACCUGCACGCUUCCUUCGACCUCCUGGACGAACUCGACCGCUCCAACGAGUCGCGCCUGAACUACCGCGGCGCGCACUGGACCAACUUCAAAAACCCGCCCAAGGGGAAUUUCAAAGAGCGCAACAGGAAAACGUUCCUAGCAGCGGCGAUCCAGUGGAGGCUCUCACUCUAUGUGGAGCACAAGAUCACCGAGGAUCCAAGCCUCGUGCUGGCCAAGGAGGGCAGACCGCUGCUCGACUACGCGCUGCGGCCGACGAUGGUGACCCCGCUGCGGCUCCCGGGCCAAGAGGGCCCCGUCAGCGCUACCGUCGAGUUUCUCCUGAGACACGGGGCGAAGCCGAAUCAGAGGCUGCACAUGUACGAGGGCAAGACGCCGUGGGAGCUCUUUCUGGCGGUCUGCCACGUGCACGGCAUCCGCGGCGACAGGGCUGGCAUCAACGCUGUCGACGCCGCCCAAGCCAUCCUCUCGAUGAUCUCGCACGGGGCGGACAUCAAGGUGGUGAUGAAGAGGUCGAACGGGAGGCUGGUGGACGUCCUGGGCAUCGGGGAAGGUCUAGGGCUGACACCCCAUUACCUUCGUCAGAUCCGAGACGUGAUACAGAAAAAAAUGGUGGAACCGACGCUGAUUGAUAUCCUUUGGUCGUUCAUCUGGGGGAGCAGGAAACAAGUAGGCCCAGAGUGAGACGGCUGGAGAAAGCUUGCUGAACGCACCCCCUUCGACCUAAAUACGGCUGCUGGUUAAUGGAGACUUCUAGGCCGCUUGGUUUCCUCCCCAUCAUGUCUUUUUCUGGUGUACCCAAAAAUAAUACAGUGGCAUGGAAUCUAGGCUUUACAGACAUAUGAACAUCGGAUUUGAGCACUCCCAGGAGUGUUCCAAGCUCUGGCAUAUCGCUGCUUUCUCACAUCCUCU